AUGGACUUGCCAUCCAUUAACUUGAUAACCGCAGCACCGCUCAAUGAUGUCGUACGUGAAUUGCCAGUUUUAUCAUUGGCAAAUCCAGGUAUGGAACGAAUUGUUGAUAGUAGUACAGCUGAAUAUACGAGCAUGCUACUCAACUGUCGUGAUGGUUCAUUAGCACAACAACUUGCACAUAAACUUUCAAUUGUAUCAAAUACAGCUACAUCAAUUACACUCCGUCAUCCGCCGGAUCCACCACCGCCCCCAAUACAGGCAUUACCACCUCUUUUACAAACAGCAAUGCAAUAUAAUCCGAAUAUUUUCAAUGGAGUUUGUCUGCCUCCAUCUUCAUUUUCACGACCUUUUUCAUCGCCAACAAAUCUUUAUUCUCAUUAUCCUAAUCAUCAUUUUCCACAGCAAGUAAGUCCAAGUAACAAUGGUGGCUAUAAUCCAACAACAGCAUCAGCAACAUCAUCUUAUCUUCCACGUGGUUUCAUGCCAACCACAAUAGCAACAAAUCAGCCACCAUCUGAUUGUCAAUCACUACUCUAUCCUCAAACAUCACCACUUACUCCUCAUCGUCCAACACGACCAACAGCUGUUGUACCACCUUUACCUAAAGAUCCAAUUAUAUCCUCGCCAGUGAGUUCAAUGACAACUACACCAUCAAUGACACCACAAUCGUCAUCAUUGAAUUAUCAACAAGUUUCACCACAGAAAACAUCCAAUAAUGAAUCAAACUAUCAGAAACAGAUCGGAACGUUGCAAUCACAUGAAAUUGCACAUAAACCUUCACAUACAGUUAUAAAUAAUGAUUUAAAUGAAGAUAUGACUAAGAAACCUGUUAUUCAACAAGAACCAAUACAUCCACAAAUAGAAAAAAUUCGAAUUAAUCUUCAUAAAAUACAUCAUGAAGAUCCAGCAUCCAUCAAAAGUACAUCUCCUUCUAAACAACGUUCGAUAAAACCAAAUAUUACACCACAAUUAAAUCAUUUACCAGCUGAUUUUACUCCUGAUUUAAUCAAAGAACUAUUACAAGAUGGUUAUUCACUUGACAAUAGUGCUGGCGAACGUUCACUUCGACAACGUCGUUCAGGUAAUAGUAAUACGACAUCUUCAAAUAAUUCUCCAAAGAAAAAACGUGUACGAAGUUUGUCAACUGAAGACGACGAUGAUGAUAAUAAUGAUGAUGAUGAUAUAAACGAUAUGGAUAAUGAUGAAGAACAACAACCAUUGAAAAAACGUAUACGUCGUACAAACGAUCAUUCACUUAAUAACAUUUCAAUUGAUGUUAUGAGCGCAUUAAAUAAGAAAACGCGAGAUCGUUUAGCACGUAAAGCAUUAGACAUUGAUGCUGAUCCGCAAGAAAAUGCCUCAUAUCAACGGUUUGUACAAUUAUUAGAUAUAUUUAACGAUGAUUAUGAACGUCAUCAUGAACAAUUUGAACAAACACCUGAUGAUCAUUAUCUCGAUCUUUUAUUAUCUGAUCAUACAUUAGAUGAAAUGGCCAUAUUAUCAGAAAAAUUGAAACUCUCAACAUAUAUGUCACGUAUUGAUCGAACGAAAUUAAAACGUUUAUUAGAAAUUUUAUCAUUACGUAUUAAACAAGGUAUUGAAAUAAGUCCUAUACUUAAACAUGAUAUUAACGAUGAUCAAUCGAAUGAAGAAGAAGAACGUAUAUGGAGAGAUUUAGUAUUCGAACGUUUAACAAUGUGUGCAAAUGCUUGCGAAAUAAGUUUAAAUAUAAUGACAACGGAUCAUAUGCCAAAAGAAAUUCUAAUUGAACAUGUUAUUGAACAUACAGCAUUAUUUAUAAAAGCACAAUUAGCUAAGACAAUAUUUCCUGAGCAUGAUCCAUUAUAUAGAAAUGAUAAUCAUUCAAAAGAUCCUUCAUUAACAAAACAAAAACGUUCGAAAGUUACUGGAACAAAAUGCAAACAAGUUCAAAUACUUUACAAUAAAAUUGUUUCACUUUUUCAAGGAAUUACUGAUUUAAUGCCAUUAGGAAAAUAUACAGAUACAAUUAUUCUUGCCAUUUCUUCCUUCACCGUCAGUUGCAUUUAUGUUGAAAACAUUGUUGACAUUCAAGCUCAUUCGUUACGUAUUCUCACAGAAUUAUUUUCUCGUUAUGAACAUCAUCGGGAUUCAAUACUUGAAGAUCUCCUUUUAUCCAUAGCACGUUUACCAACAAGUAAAAAAAGUCUUCGUUGUUAUCGUUUACCAUCGGGCGAAUCCAUUCAAAUGUUUACUGCCUUGAUAAUGCAUUUAAUUCAUGCACCUGUCUCAUUAGGAUCAGUAACAAAUUUGAAUCUAAUUGAUACAACAAAUGAAUUAUAUUUAUUAAAUACCUAUACAACAGCACAAAAUUUAGCAUUUAAAUUUUUAACAUUAUUUUUUCGUUCGUGUGGAACAAAGCAAGGCGAAGAUGAUUAUCGUAUUGUAUUUGAAAAUUUUUUAGCUGAUUUACUUGUUACGGCUAAUCGACCUGAAUGGCCAGCAUCGGAAAUACUUUUAACAUUGUUAUCACGUAUUUUAAUGACAAAUUUUUCCAAUCAUUCUCUACCGAUCAAUACACGUUUACAAUCAUUAGAUUAUCUAGGUUCAGUUGCAGCACAAUUACGAAAAGAUACAAUUGAUAAUGAUGUUUUAAAUUCAAAAGAAAAUCAAGAUAAACUUGAUCAAAUUGUUCAUAAAACUUUAUCGAGUAUUGAAUUAGACGAAGAUCUUAUGGAAGUUUAUAAAACUGACCCAUUACGUUAUCAUCGUAGUUUAGUUAUUUAUCUCAAUGAAUUAAGUUUAAGCGAUCAAACAAGUCAUUUUGCAAAAAUGUUUCAUAUUGGUCAGUGGCUUCGAGAUUUAAAUUUAACAGUAGAACGUUUAACUCAAACUUUAACAAGACGAAUGAAAUCUAGUCAAGCCGAAAUCGUCGAUGACGAUGUCGAUGAAUCAAUGAAUACUAAUGGUUCUAAACCUUCGAUUUCUGUUGAAGAUGAAAUCGAAAUAAAAAAAUCUGAAAAACUUUCUACACUGAAAAUGUUAUCGAUACCAGAAAUUGCACGUAAACAACAACGAUAUACAUUAGAUAUUGAAUAUGAUGAUAUUUGUUUAUUAAUGCGUUAUUUAACCUCAAAUCGACCAUUUUUAAAAACAUUUGAUGUUUAUCUUAAACAACUAGCCGCUAUAUUUCAAUCAGAAGCUGGUACAAAUAUUCGUAGUAAAGCAAUGAAAUGUUUAUGUACAGUUGUUGAAGCUGAUCCGACCGUUUUAGCACGUAAUGAUAUUAAAUCGUGUGUUAAAGUUGGCUUAACCGAUAAAAGUAUUAGUGUACGUGAAGCAGCUAUUGAUCUUAUUGGAAGAUAUAUUGUACAAAAACAAGAACUCAUUUUGCAAUAUUAUGAUGUUCUCUGUGAAAGAAGCAUUGAUACAGGUGUGAGUGUUCGAAAGCGAGUUGUUAAAAUUUUUCGUGAUGUGUGUUUGACACAACCAAGUUUUUCUCGUAUACCUGAUAUUUGUUCACGAUUAUUACGACGUAUUCACGACGAAGAAUCGAUACGCAAAUUAGUGCUUGAAACCUUUCAACAGCUAUGGUUUUCUCCGACUCGAAGUCAACAAGAUGUUCGACAACGUGUUCAAACAAUCAUCGAUGUCUUAGUCGAUGCACAAAAACAAAAUUAUACGUGGCUAGAAAAUUUAGUUAAAGAAUUUCUUCAUACAAAUGAUCAACAAUCAAUUGAUGAUAAGAAAAAAGUUCGUGAACAACGUAAAGAUGUUCUCAAAGCUAUUCAAGAUAUUAUUGAUGAAUUAGUUGAAUCUAUUCUUAAAAUUGAAUCUGCAAAUGAUCAAGUGUCGUCCAAUAAAAUGGUUGCAACAUUUAUAGCUCUAUAUGCCUUAGGUAAAGCUAAACCUGAAUAUGUCUUACCACAUGUAUCAACUAUUGUUGAAUAUUUAAACAUAAAAUGUACAUCAUAUAAUGAUAAUAUUAUUGUUCAAUAUGUUGCUAAAAUACUUGAAUUUACGGUUCCAUUAAUGAAAUCGGCUUCAGCAAGUAUUAUCUAUUCAUUAGAAGGAAGUUUAACCAAACUCCUUCUUGUCAGUGGCCAGUUAGUUAUACAUUCAAGCAUAGCUUGUCUAUCGGCUGUUAUUCGUCUAUCGAAAAAUACUCAACUUGUUAAAGAUGUUUUCGUACGAUAUCAUUCGAUUGUUGUGCAAUGUCAACAGAAAAUAUUAGAAAAUCCUAAUGAAGAAUUUAAAGGAAGUGCACAAUUGGCUCGAUCAAUUUAUAUCUUAGGAGUUCUAUGCAAAUAUUUCGAUGUGGAAAAACAUGAGUUCGAUGAACUCGAGUUUUCUGUCGAUGAUUUGUUUCAAUUAUUUAUAUUUCUUGUUCAACGACCUGAGUCUGUUGUUAAAUUAAAAUCUCUUGUUGGUCUUGGUUUCUUUUUACAACGUUAUGGGCAAUAUCUUGUACGCGAUACAAUUCGUCAAUUAUAUCACACAUAUUUACUUGAUCGUCGUCCAGCAGCGGCUCAAUUACGUUGUCAAGUUUUAAUUAAUUUAGAAGAAUAUUUUCGUGAUUGUAUACGUCGUAUGGCUGAACAAGAUAUCGAUUAUCUUCAUUUAUCAACAACUGCAACAACAACGACGACGACGACGACAGCAACAACAGUAACAAAUGACGAUGAAAAUAGCAAUGAUGCUAAUGGUCCAACAGGGGCUAAUCUUAAAGAUACCACUGAUGUACAUUCAGAAAUGGCUAGUUCAAUAGCUCAAUGUUAUUUACGUAUUGUCUUAGAAACAUAUUUAAGUGAAGAUGAAACAAUACGACAAUGUGUACGAAAAGUUGUAACGUGUAUAUUAGAACAAGGUCUUGUACAUCCUGUACAAUUUAUUCCAUACCUUAUUGCAAUGACAACUGAUCGUGAUACAAAUAUUCAACAGAGUGCUGAACAAAACCUACAAGAUUUAGAUAAGACAAAUCCGGGUAUUAUACAAACAAAAGUUAUGAAUGGAUUUAAAAUGAGUUAUCAAUUACAAAAAUUACUUGCAAUAGCAAAUAAUAACAAAAAUAAUUCACAAUCCAAUGCACACACUGAAGCUAUUAGAGGCAUGACCAAAGUAGCAGUAACUCCGGCGAAUAAUCAACAAUCUCCAUAUUGUUCAAUAAAUCAUUUUCUCUACUCAUUAAUUCGUUCUUCACGUGUUUAUCGUCGUGGUUUAAUAUCUCAACUAUUAAAAAUGUUUGAUAAUGACGCAACAGCAACAACAUCAAUAACACUCGAAGAACAAUUAUUUGUUGCAGAUAAUCUAGCUUAUUUUCCAUAUCAAGUACAAGAUGAACCAUUAUAUUUAAUUGAGCAAAUUGAUUUAACAGUUAGUGUUAGUGGUUCAACACAACUGCAACAAUUUCGUGAUUUAUUAAAACAAUAUCUAGAUUAUGUUGAUGACGAUGAAGGUAUUGAUAUAAAUAAAUUAGAAGAUAAAUUUUUAAAUUUAUCUGAUGCAAUCAUCGAUGAACUAAAUCAAUGUUUACGUACAUCAAAAUCUACUAUGUUAUUAUUACUAUUAAAAUCUUAUCUUAAAGAUGUAUAUAGUUUAAAUGAUACAAAAAUAACUGAAUAUGAUCAUACAGAAAGUAGUAAAAUAACUGAUCGACCAAUAAUAACACGUAAAAUGAAUGUAAAAUUCGAACCUAAAAUAGUUCUUGAUACAAUAAAACCAUCCAAUCAUAUGGAUAACAUUCAACGGCGUAAACAAAUUUUAAAAGAUUUUGCAGAUUUUAAACGUUAUUUACUUGCAUUUGAUACAGAUACAGAUGAUACAGCAUCAUCAAUAACUGAACUAUUACCAGCAACAUCAUUAACGCCGAAAGCGAAGAAAAAGUCUGCAGGAACAACUAAACGACGAAAAGUUAUGAUCGAUUCAGAUGAUGACAGUGCCGAUGGCAAUUUUCAGCCAUAG